AUGGUCAACGUUUUCGCUGUUCAAGUUUUCUUCAUUGUCCUCCGUGAGUGUCUGGAGGCUAUCAUCAUUGUUUCAGUCCUCCUUUCCUUCCUGAAGCAAUUUCUUGGUCAGCCACACCAGGACCAGGUCAUAUACAAGAAGUUAAAGAAACAAGUAUAUGUCGGAUCAAUAGUGGGAGUAAUACUAUGCUUGUGUAUCAGUGCUAUCUUCAUCGGUCUUUUCUAUGGUCUUGGUCAUGAUGCCUGGUCAACUUCGGAGGAUUUGUGGGAGGGUAUCUUCUAUGUUAUUGCAACUGUUAUGAUCACUGUCAUGGGUCUUGCUCUUCUUCGCAUCAACAAGACCAAGCAGAAGUGGCGAGUGAAGAUUGCAAAGACUCUUGUCGAGAAGAACCAAGGAAAGUCUCGGUGGAUGCGCAGUGACUGGGGUCGUCGUUACGCCAUGUUCAUUCUGCCAUUGAUUACAACAAUGCGUGAGGGUGUCGAGGCCGUGGUUUUCGUGGGUGGUGUCUCACUCGGAUAUCUUGCAACUGCCUUCCCUCUUCCCGUCGUUACUGGCAUUAUCACUGGACUCCUAUGUGGCUGGCUGAUCUACCGCGGUGGUAAUGUCGUGUCAAUCCAAAUUUUUCUUAUUGCUUCCACUUGCGUUCUUUACCUUAUCGCAGUUGGUAUGUUCUCCAAGGCGGUUUGGAGUCUCCAGUACUACCAGUUUGAGGUUGGAGUUGGUAGUGACGUAUCGGAGGAGGGCUCUGGAGCAGGCUCAUAUAACAUCCUGGAAACUGUUUGGCAUGUCAACUGCUGCAAUCCCGAGAGUGAUAACGCAUGGGAUGUGUUCCAGGCUAUCUUGGGAUGGCAAAACACCGGUACAUAUGGAUCUAUCAUCAGCUACAACGUUUACUGGAUCUUCAUUAUCGGCUGUGUUUCCUGGAUGAUGUACUCGGAACGUACUGGCCGAGCUCCGCUGGCACAUCAGUUUUGGACUCUGAUGGGCCGUGUUCCGGGCUUGAAGACCCUUGCCAACAAGAAGCUGGAUGGAAUGGAUACAAGGGAUGAGAGUGCCAUCCACCAGAUUAAAUCCGCCAUUUUCAACGACAAAACCACCGUUGAAGUUACCAGGGAGACUGUUGAGCCCACCAAAUGA